GGGGCCGAGCGACAAUCUACUGUCACUAUUGCUUCUACUGCCACCGCUCCUAAUAUCAUAACCACUCCUACCAUCAUCCUAACUCCUCUCAGCUCCUUCAAACCCUCGCUAUGUCUCUGUCUUCUAUACCAACACACAGGCCUUAGAGGGCAUCGUCAGCUUGUAACCCUGCUCGCUAGUCGCUCACCAUCAUUUCUUUACCACGCGGUGAUCAAGAUGUCGGCUUCCCUCUUCUCGACCCUCCCGCCCGAAAUCAUUUGUCGGGUCUUCGAGUUUGCGGACGACUUCUCCGUGGUGGCCGCUCUUGCUCAAACGGCACGUAUCUUCUACCACACCUGGCGAGAGAAUCCGAUUUCCAUCUGCCAAGCCGUCGCCCCUCGUGUCUUCUCGAACCUCACCGACGCCGAGCGAUUGCUUGACGUGCAGGAGGAAGCUGAAGCUGUGAACCAGUCGCAAGACAGCUGCAAGCAGAAGUCCAUCAUUCGAGCCAAGCGUCUCCUGUUCAACGCUCGCUGUGCCUCUGCUGCCGCUGAGAGCUGGGUGAGUCUCUGUCAGAUCCACGAAUGCUUUGACAGAGGAGAAGAUCCGCACAUGAGGCCAUCUGAACUUGCACGUUUUGAACGUGCUUUCUAUCGUGUCUGGACCAUUGGGGUCAUGGGAAGCGCUCCGCACCUACAGGACCAAGCAUCGGCUUUUCUCGAUCAGUGCAGUCCACGAGAGCUGUGCAGACUCGACGAACUGGGAACGUGGGCUACGUAUUUUAACGAGAACGAUUUCGGAUCUUUGGGUCUUGACCUCCAUGAUGAAGUUUGGAAGACUGGUUGCGAUCUAGUCUCGAAACGCUGGAUGGCUUACCAGGAAGGGAGGCACGGGAUAGCAGCCCCCGAUUACACUCCUCUGAAUUUCUUUGCCUUCUUUGACAAUACUCAAAGAUAUCUCGACUUGAUUCAAGACGAGUAAAGAAAGGGACUUUCGAAUCCUUUGUUUACAGAGGUAGAUAAUACUUUCAACACUGGUUAGUAUGAUAUUUCGAUACGAGUCUCUCCCCACAUUCCACAAGAUCAAGCGAGCAUCAACUCAAAAUUUUACACCGGACAUCAUCAUCACA